AUGCUCUGCUUUGCAAUGAGCACGCUACGACGAACGGCUUCAUUUGCAGCGGCAGGAACGCACUUGCACGCUGGAGGCCGACGGGUUGCCGCUUUGCCGCAACGCACGCUACGCACUCAGCUGAUGCCUUUAUCUGGAGGUAUGGGUUGCCCGUUGGCACCAGGGGCUUUCGUGCCAAGCUUCGGUAGCGCCGAGCUACACUGGAGAGGCCACCGGAAAGCACUGCACCAAUCUGCGUCACCUCGCGGCGUAGUCUAUCGGCUGGUGUUAUCCUCCGCCGCUGAGAACGAUGACGUCAACGGGGUGGCGGGAGCCAUCCACGAGGCGUUUCUCAACGCAUGCUUACCGCAAAGUGGCGUGCCGUAUGUUGCUGCACUACGGUCGUUUAUUGCCUCCACUGUUCGGGCCUACCGCCUUGGUUACUCGCUGGAUGCGCUAGAAAUCGAGCUCCGCCGCGUCGGUGCCGAGUCACUUCGUUCUGGAAACCGAAGCGCUAGUGGCGAACUCCCUCGUCCACUAGAAGCUGAUGAAGUAGAGCUGCGCACGAUAUGGCUAACGCUGGUCUUCAAGGUGCUUCGCUAUGUGAACUUUCCUCGCGAUCGCAUGCCGCCGGAGGCCCCGUCUGAACAGUCCAGUCGGAAUCGAGCGAUCACGGAGGAGUUCCGAGUUCCUGACCAGUUUGAUCGCUUCGUGCAGUCCAUUGUAGAUGCAGCACGAGCCGGCUAUGAUCUCGCUCGAAUACGUCUGGAGCAGCAGCUGCAGCUCAAGUCGAUGCCCCAGGCGCCCGGUACCUCGAUCGGGACUUCAACCAGCCAGAGGUCUCCUUUAGAGUCUGCGAUUCUGAACCAGUCAACGCGGCUAGUUUUACUAACCGUUGAGAUUGUGGAUACUUGGCAACGCAAUGGCGGGAUUGAACCAUUAGCAUGA